UCCGAGUGUCUGAUAGGUGGACUUCAGCCACCAUGAGUAAACCCGGCACGCUCAAAGUCAAGAGUUUGUUCAAGCUAAAGUCACCGGACAAGGAGAACAAACAGCGCGGCUCCUUCACGCACGAGCCGCCUGAGAGACCCGGGGACAUGCCGGCGUCUCCGCCGACCAGCCCCGGGGAGUACGAGCCAGCGCCCGCUGACGGCUCCCCGAUUUCUCCCAAAACCAAAAAGGCUAAACGGCUUCUGUCGUUCAAGCUGAGGCGGAAAAAAUCCAAACACAAAGAAGAAGGAAAUGUUUUCUCCCUGGAGCCUGAUGGAAGCAACUUGAACCGUCACAUGAGCUAUGACCAGAUGAGUGUUUCCACAGAGUGCAGCUUCCAGACAGAACCAGACUGGGACGCUUAUUCUAUGUCCAAUUCCGUGAUCAGCCUGGACAUGACACAGCAGAGCAGUCCCACUUCACCCUCCAGAUUCUUCAAGAAUUCAGAUGACAAGAGGGGAGUGCUUGAUCGCAUCAGCAGUUUCUUCAACUCCAAGAGAAGGAGGAGCCGCAGUAAGCAAUAUUCAGACAUCUCUACAGGUACCAGUCCUCUGAGCUCGCCGGCAUCCCCCUUGUCUCCACAUUCUCCACAGUUUGCCCAGGAAGAUGAGCAGAAGACUCCAACUCCGAGUCGUAAAGUGUUGGAACUGAGUGGACUUUCUGAUGGAGCGGAGCGUGCGGACAGCCCCUGCCACAGCUCCAGCACCUCCAGCCUGGCUUCUCUGGUGGCAGCUGAUGCAGACUUUCCUUUCGCAGACAGCAACAGUAGCAGUCAAAGUAGUGUGAGGGAGGUGCACAUUUACCGGGUCAGCAAAGUUGUCACUGACAAGAAUUCUGGGAAUACGACUCCCACCUUGUCUGAUUUUGUGACUUCCACGCAUCUAACUUCGAAUUCCAAUGUCGGUUUUACACAAUCUGUGGUGGAGGAGGUGAGCAAGCGGCUUCAGGUCAGUUUGGAAGAAACCUGCUUUAUAAACGCACAGCCCGUGGGUGAGGACAGCAAGAUCACCCCGACUUCAUUUCAAAUUACACCUUCUGAAUCAUGCGAGGUGCCAAAGUCCUCCAACGUUACCUGUAAAAGUUUACAAUCCAACGCUCACUCUGUGACAGGUGGAGGAGGGAUGGGCAACAACAACUCCCUCGCUGGAACAAAGAGAGGCUCUCAGUCAUCAUCCCGCCUCAUCACUGCGCCACUCCAAGGAGAUGACUCUCCAGAUGUGGGGAGGGAGCCUACAGAAGACAAAGCAACACCUGAAAAGCCCACCAGCAGCCUCUCAGCAGAGACGCCAACCUCCGUAAGGAGCCCUUCACCUGAGAAGGAGGAGGAGCUGAGGACGGACUCUCCUGUGCAGCUCCAUAAAGCCAUAUGGGUAGAAACACACCUGGGAGAGGAAGAGGAGGAAGAGGAAGACCAGGAGGAGGGCUUCAGACCGGACUCACCGCCUGUGCUGGCCAUACCUGUCACAGUCAUUCCUGUAGAGGGCUCGCUGUCCGAGGGUGAGCUUUUUACCGCCUCAGAAGUUUUGCCAUUUCCUGGCAAGCUUCCACCCUCAACCAUCUCCUUGGCAGCGGCUGCAGAGGAGUGUCAAACAAACCUACUACCGCCAGAGGAGCGCCACGCUGGCACAGACUCAAAACAAACUUCCCAUCUGGACAAACACAGAGGGAAAGACAUCCGCAUAACACGCAAGACGGUAAACCUGCCUUCAAAAGGACAGGUUUACGCUCGCAAGGUGUACGUGGCUCCAGAGCCGAAUUCAGACGACCACGAGGAGCAAGAGGGACACGUGGCAAGAGAGGAUGAGAGCUGGGAUUCAACAGAGGCGAAAAUCCUUAAAAAUAACAAUGCAGAACUGGAGGAAGCCGAGCAAACAUUGAACAUUGAUGGAUUUUCUCCAUCUGUAGACAUGCAUAGACAAAGGUCACAUGGUGUGGGGUCAAGGGUGAAAGGCCAAGGGAACAACCAGGCCACUCCCUCUAAACCAGGGCUUAAAGCAGCAGCAGAACGUCACCCAAGUGCAACAAGUGCAGCAAAGACCUCAUCUCCUGCAGCUGGCUGGAAGACUAGAAGUAUUCCAUCAAAGGCAAAGGGCCUCACAGAGAGCUCAAAAACAGGAACCUCUAGUGACCUCCCAAAUGACAUUGAAAGAACUGUUUCUGUGGUACCAGCAUUAAAAGACCAAGCCAUCCCAGAAAGCACCAGUUCAAAGUGUAAACUCCCAAAAAGGUUAACAUCAGAUAGUGAUGUUAAAUCACCAGAUAUACCAGAAAAGACUUCAGUAACCAGUGUACCUGGAAUAGUCAUUUCCAAACUACAAAAACAACUCAGAUCCAAACAAACUGUAGAAUCUUCAGUCGGCACAUCUGAAGUUGACAAGACAACAACUUUUGAGGAACCUAAGAGAGAAACUACUUUGCCAGGAGAAUUUACUCAAACAAAAGCAACAACCCAGAUAAAACUGACUCGGAAAACAUUAGAUGACAAUACUAACUCUAUUAAGAUGGUGAAUGGGGUAGAGAAAACCUACAAGGUCAGUCAUGGCAAAAUACGACCCACACCUGAGAGAGAAAGACUAGAUGGCAAAAACCUGGGACAGAACGUUUUGGAAAACAACACCUCUACAACAACAAGGAGCCGUUUGCCCGUUUCUUCUCCAGUCAGAAAGGCCAACGAGAUGCGGCAAACAAGUGGCCCCAGCUUUAAAAGAAUUACAGCUGGUCAGACAGACUUAUGUGGACCCAAGUCAAUCCAGAACAGUCCAGAACAGGAGGAAGUAACCCGUGUGGAUAGGCCUGCCAAUGAGAUACCAACCUUACCUCCUGAAGGUCCCAAAAAAGGACAGAGUCUGUCUCCAACACGGUCCAAACAAAUCUCCAGGGCAAGUGCCAGUCAUGAAGAAAGUAUCAGCCCCACUUCUUGUGUGUCUCCACCUCCCACCAAGCAAGAGCGAGUCACCUUAAAGCUGUCCAAACAAAGUGACAGUGUGUCCACAACUGGAAAACAGCAGCACAAGAGCCCAGUAAGAGAGUCUACUGAUCUGUGUUCCUCUGCAAGUAAACUCCCUACACUGGGUCAGAGGAGCGCCACCAAGAUUAAAAGCAGAAGAAUUCAGCACUCCCCAACCAGAAAUUCUGCAAGCACAUUAAGGAAUAAAGAAGGUGUGAUGGACAAAUCCAAUCAGAGCACGAAUAUCAAGUUAGCGGUCAGACCCUCUGAGCAUGCUGCUGCAGAGGAACAAGUGAAGGAUGAUGAUGACGCACAGCAAGCUGAGGUUAAAGUCAAGACGGAAGGGGAACACCACAUGAAAAGACCCGCUGACAGCCACUCCAGCACUCAUAAAAUCAAACUGCAAAUAAAACAGAAGGAGAAAAUCAGUCCAACAACUGAGGAAAAUUCCAAACUCCAAUCUGUACGAAAAAACGAUGCAGUCAUUAGUAGAAUCACUCAAGAAAAAAUGGCACCAGUAUCAGGCCCGACAGCUGAUAAGGUGAUCAAAUCGAUUCCAUCUGAGUUGCCAUUUAAUGACACGAACCGCGCUGAAACUGAUGGCAAACAGCAAACGAAACUCAAGCCUGAACCUUUAUCCACAGUUCAAAGUGAGUUAAUCCCACAAGAGCAGAAUUCCUCAGAAUGUUCUCCACUACAAGUAAAUGAAAAACCUCUUUUAGGGACAAUCCAGCUAAGAGGUAACAUAAAACUGGAUGUAAUCCGCCAAAAAGACCUUUCAGAGCCAAAUCCUACAGUGUUGGAUCAGGAUACAAAACCCAGUCACGGGGAUGUAAUGGAUAUGCGAGACAAAGGUGUUGAGAUUGACAGUGUUGGCCAUGAUAUUGUACCCCACAGUGCUUCCUUUACUGAUGUUAUAUCUAAUAACAAAAGUAGUCUGCCUGCUGAACUGCCCUCUAAAGAUCAAGAUCUAGAAAGAAAAAAAUCACUUUCAGUCACUCACAUUGCUGACUCAGUCGAAACGCCAGCAACAAGGACACCAACAGAAAAGGAAAACAAAUCUAAGGCUCAAUGCGCACAGAUCGUUCUUGAAAGUGGAACUUUACCUGACACCACAAGUAAAGAUUCUACCAAAAAUGCUGAAAGGCUGACAAAAAACAAAGAGCAGAUUAACAGCAAACCCAGCAGGGCUUUGCACAUGCAAACAGACACAAUGACUGUGGCACAGUUUCCCAAGAAUGUCGAGAAUCAGCUGUACAAAGAGUCUCUUUUACUGGGAGCAGAAUCUGAAAUACAAGAGAAAUACACAAAAGCAGAUGAGAAGCUGAAUGGUGCAGCUGAGGAAAGCAUUAAUUCAAAUACCAUUUCUAAAAAGGAUGUCAAAGACAUGGCCAUGAAAGCUGACACAAAGAAAGGCAUCACAAAAGCAGCGAAGCCCUCUAAUCUGUCAUCAGAGGAAAGAUCUUUAAAGCUCAACUCAGAAGAAAAGCAAGUGGAAGAAAUCUGUGUAGUCAGUGACAAUGCAGACAACGCGGCCACUACGACAGAGAGACCUCAGAUCAUUUCUAAGGGAGAUGUUGGGAGUGGUGAUACAAAAAGCACACGAGCAGCUCUGCCAACAAAAGUGGUCAAAAAUGAAAAGGGGCGCAAACUGUUUGUUACUAUUGAAGAAGAAGUCUGGGACAAGAGUGCGAAUCAGGACGACAAAUACAUUAUAGUGUUAAAGGAGCACCAAAUUUUAAAAAGGGAUAAAAUCCCAAAACAAAAGGCAGUAGGCACUGAAACCGACAGUGAAGGAAGUCCAAAAGAAAAGCCCACAACCAAGGAGUCACCAGAGAAGGACUCAGUCAGUAACCAAGCAGAUGAACUUAUUGAGAAACCACAUGACCAGCAGGUCAGACCUGUGACAUGUGAAGAUGAGAACACAAUCAAACCAAAGAAAAAUACAUUUAAAUCAACAGAAACCAAAUCCCUGAAUUCUAACCUGGAACAGAAACUGCGGACCAUCACUACAACACCUCCAGAAGAGACGCAUGACAGGUCAGUUUCAAAAAGAGACACAACUCCAGAGUUAAAGCAUAGAAGCAAUGAAAGUCUGAGUGCAGAAAAAGAAGAUGGUGAAAAUAAGGAUUUGCCAAUAAAAAGUGCAAAGAUGGUGCUCGCAACUAGUACUGGUAGCAUGGACAUUAGCAACCACACAGAGAAGGUGCUCCCAGUUGUUACAGAUCAAUAUGACAAAUCUAAAGAACUGGAGAAAAAGACUGAUCAGGUCUCAGGCUUUAACUUGGUUCCGGAACUAAGAACAACACAAGGUUUUAGCACAGCUGAAGUCAAUAUGGAAGAUAAGAUUCACCCUGAAGAAUGUGCUGAAGAUGAAAAUAAAGUCACAAAGCCAGAGGGUGAGUUGGAACCAGAGAGUGUAACAAUAAAACCCGUGAAGAAGACAAAUGAGGGCUCUGUUUCAAAAACAGACGCAACUCCAGAAAAUAAACCUGGAAGUGCUGUAGGUCUGAGUGCAGACACCAAAGAAGAACAAAGUGAAAUAAAGGAUUUACCAGCAAAAAGUGGAAAAAUGGACCUCACAACAGAAAGCAGUGGGUUUGAAGCCAGCAACCAAAAGGAGAAUGAGCUUGUAGGUGUCAUAGAUAAGCCUGAAGAAACUCAAGAACCAGAUAAUAAGACAGAUCAAACCACAGAAUUUAGAAAUGAACAUUUUAACCUGAUUCAUGAACCACAGGCCAUAACAGUUGAAGCUCCAGAGAAGACACCAGAAGCUCUUACAAUAGCUGGUGUGACUAUGGAGGAUAAGAAAAACAAGCAGAAGAUCCACACUGAAGAAUGUGUUGAUAAAAAUAAAAUCACAGAGACAGGGGGUCAGAUGAAACCAGAGACUACAAAACCUCCCGAGAAGACAAAUGAGAGCUCUGAUUUAAAAAUGGGCACAACUCAAGAAAUCAAGUCUGUAACCACUGAAACUGUGAGUGCAGAAUCCAGAGAAGAAGAGAUUAAAACAAAGGAUUCAUCAAUAACAUCAGGGAAGAUGGAAUUGACAACUGAUAACAGUGGCUUUGAUGUUAGGAACCAAAACAAUGCAGAGCUCACAGCUGUCAGAGAUCAACAUGAAGAAACUAAAGGACCUGAGAAAAGCAUUGACCAGUUUACAGACUUUGAAGGUCAAAAUGCUGAUGUAAUAGUGGAACCUCCAGAGAAAACAUCAGAAGGUCUUAUCACAGCUGAUGUCAGUGUGCAGGAUAAGAAGCAGGAGCAGAAGAUCCACACUGAAGAAAGCAUUGAUGACAAUAAAGUCACAGAGACAGAGGAUCAGAUGAAAACAGAGACUGAAACUGCAAAACCUCCAGAGAAGACAAAUGAGAGCACCAUUUUAAAAAUGGACACAACUCAAGAAAAUAAACCUGCAUGCACUGAAGGUCUAGCUGCAGAAACCAGAGAAGAAAACAGUGAAACAAAGGAUUUACCAACAAAAAGUGGACAAAUGGACCUUGCAACAGUAAACAGUGGGUCUCAAGUCAGCAACCAAAAGGAGAACGAGCUUGUAGCUGUCAUAGAUCGACCUGAAGAACCCAAAGAACCAGAGAAAAAGGCAAAUCAAACCACAGAAUUUAAAAAUGAACAUUCUAACCUGGUUAAUGAACCACAGACCAUCACAGCUGAAGCUCCAGAGAAGACACCAGAAGUUCUUACUACAGCUGAAGUGACUAUGGAGGAUAAAAAAGAUGAGCAGAAGAUCCAAACUGAAGAAUGUGUUGAAGAUGAAGAUAAAGAAGAGAUUAAAACAAAGGAUUCAUCAAUAACAUCAGCAAAGAUGGAGUUGACCACUGAUAACAGUGGUUUUGAUGUUAGCAACCAAAAAGAUGCAGAGCUCACAGCUGUCAGAGAUCAACAUGAAGAAAAUCAACAUGAAGAAAGUAAAGAAUCUGAGAAAAGCAUUGACCAGUUUACAGACUUUGAAGGUCAAAACUCUGAGGUAACAGUGGAACCUCCAGAGAAGAUGACAGAAGAUCUGACCACAGCUGAACUCAGUGUGGAGGAUAAGAAAGAGGACCAGGAGAUCCACACUGAAGAAUGUGCUGAAGAUGAAAAUAAAGUUGCAAAACCAGAGGAUCAGCUGAAACCAGAGACUGAAACUAUAAAACCUCCAGAGAAGACAGAGAAUGAGCUUGUAGCUGUCAUCGAUCAACCUGAAGAACCCAAAGAACCAGUGAAACAGGCAGAUCAAACCACAGAAUUUAAAAAUGAAUGUUCUAACCUGGUUCAUGAACCAGAGACUAUCACAGGUGACGCUCCAAAGAAGACCACAGAAGCUCUUACCACAGCUGACGCCAGUGUGGAGGAUAAGAAAGACAAGCAGAAGAUCCACUCUGAAGAAGGUGUUGAAGAUGAAGAUAAAGUCACAGAACCAGAGGAUCAGCUGAAACCAGAGACUGAAUCUAUAAAAUGUCCAGAGAAGACAGACAACAAGCUUGUAGCUGUCAUAGAUCGACCUGAAGAACCCAAAGAACCAGUGAAACAGGCAGAUAAAACCACAGAAUUUAAAAAUGAACAUUUUAGCCUGGCUCAUGAACCACAGACCAUCACAGGUGAAGCUCCAAAGAAGACAACAGAAGCUCUUACCACAGCGGAAGCCAGUGUGGAGCAUAAGAAAGACAAGCAGAAGAUCCGCAUUGAAGAAGGUGUUGAAGAUGAAGAUAAAGUUGCAAAACCAGAAGAUCAGUUGAAACCAGAGACUGUAAAACCUCCAGAGAAGACAAAUGAGAACUCUGUUUUAAAAAUAGACACAACUCCAGAAUUCAAACCUGUAACCACUGAAACUGUGAGUGCAGAAACCAGAGAAGAAGAGAUUAAAACAAAGGAUUCAUCAAUAACAUCAGUGAAGAUGGAGUUGACAGCUGAUAACAGUGGUUUUGAUGUUAGCAACCAAAAAGAUGCAGAACUCACAGCUGUCAGAGAUCAACAUGAAGAAAGUAAAGAAUCUGAGAAAAGCAUUGACCAGUUUACAGACUUUGAAGGUCAAAACUCUGAGGUAACAGUGGAACCUCCAGAGAAGAUGACAGAAGAUCUGACCACAGCUGAACUCAGUGUGGAGGAUAAGAAAGAGGACCAGGAGAUCCACACUGAAGAAUGUGCUGAAGAUGAAAAUAAAGUUGCAAAACCAGAGGAUCAGCUGAAACCAGAGACUGAAACUAUAAAACCUCCAGAGAAGACAGAGAAUGAGCUUGUAGCUGUCAUCGAUCAACCUGAAGAACCCAAAGAACCAGUGAAACAGGCAGAUCAAACCACAGAAUUUAAAAAUGAAUGUUCUAACCUGGUUCAUGAACCAGAGACUAUCACAGGUGACGCUCCAAAGAAGACCACAGAAGCUCUUACCACAGCUGACGCCAGUGUGGAGGAUAAGAAAGACAAGCAGAAGAUCCACUCUGAAGAAGGUGUUGAAGAUGAAGAUAAAGUCACAGAACCAGAGGAUCAGCUGAAACCAGAGACUGAAUCUAUAAAAUGUCCAGAGAAGACAGAGAACAAGCUUGUAGCUGUCAUAGAUCGACCUGAAGAACCCAAAGAACCAGUGAAACAGGCAGAUAAAACCACAGAAUUUAAAAAUGAACAUUUUAGCCUGGCUCAUGAACCACAGACCAUCACAGGUGAAGCUCCAAAGAAGACAACAGAAGCUCUUACCACAGCGGAAGCCAGUGUGGAGCAUAAGAAAGACAAGCAGAAGAUCCGCAUUGAAGAAGGUGUUGAAGAUGAAGAUAAAGUUGCAAAACCAGAAGAUCAGUUGAAACCAGAGACUGUAAAACCUCCAGAGAAGACAAAUGAGAACUCUGUUUUAAAAAUAGCCACAACUCCAGAAUUCAAACCUGUAACCACUGAAACUGUGAGUGCAGAAACCAGAGAAGAAGAGAUUAAAACAAAGGAUUCAUCAAUAACAUCAGUGAAGAUGGAGUUGACAACUGAUAACAGUGGCUUUGAUGUUAGGAACCAAAACAACGCAGAGCUCACAGCUGUCAGAGAUCAACAUGAAGAAACUAAAGAACCUGAGAAAAGCAUUGAUCAAUCUACCGAUGUUGUAGGUCAAAAUGCUGACAUAACAGUGGAACCUCCAGAGAAAACAUCAGAAGGUCUUAUCGCAGCUGAUGUCAGUGUGCAAGAUAAGACGCAGGAGCAGAAGAUCCACACUGAAGAAUGUGUUGAUGACAAUAAAGUCACAGAGACAGAGGAUCAGAUGAAACCAGAGACUGAAAGUACACAAUCUCCAGAGAAGACAAAUGAGAGCUCUGUUUCAAUAACAGAUGCAAUUCCAGAAAAUAAACCUGCAUGCACUGAAGGUCUAGCUACAGAGACCAGAGAAGAAAACAGUGAAACAAAGGAUUUACCAACAAAAAAUGGAAAAAUUGAUCUUGCAGCAGCAAACAGUGGGUCUCAAGUCAGCAACAAAAAGGAGUACAAGCUUGUAGGUACCAUAGAUCAACAUGAGGAAACUAAAGAACCAGAGAAUAAGGCAGAUCAAACCACAGAAUUUAAAAAUGAACUUUCUAACCUGGUUCAUGAGCCACAGACCAUCACAACUGAAACUCCAGAGAAGACAACAGAAGCUCUUACCACAGCUGAAGUGACUAUGGAGAAUAAAAAAGAUGAGCAGAAGAUCCACACUGAAGAAUGUGUUGAAGAUGAAGAUAAAGAAGAGAUUAAAACAAAGGAUUCAUCGAUAACAUCAGCAAAGGUGGAGUUGACCACUGAUAACAGUGGUUUUGAUGUUAGCAACCAAAAAGAUGCAGAGCUCACAGCUGUCAGAGAUCAACAUGAAGAAAGUAAAGAACCUCAGAAAAGCAUUGACCAGUUUACAGACUUUGAAAGUCAAAACUCUGAAGUAACAGUGGAACCUCCAGAGACGAUAGCAGAAGGUCUGACUACAGCUGAAGUCAGUAUGGAGGAUAAGAAAGAGGACCAGGAGAUCCACACUGAAGAAUGCGCUGAACAUGAAAAUAAAGUCACAAAACCAGAGGAUCAGCUGAAACCAGAGUCUGAAACUAUAAAACAUCCAGAGAAGAUAGAGAAUGAGCUUGUAGCUGUCAUAGAUCAACCUGAAGAACCCAAAGAACCAAUGAAACAGACAGAUCAAACCACAGAAUUUAAAAAUGAAUGUUCUAACCUGGUUCCUGAACCACAGACCAUCACAGCUGGAGCUCCAGAGAAGACACCAGAAACUCUUACCAUAGAUGAAGUGACUAUGGAGGAUAAAAAAGAUGAACAGAAGAUCCACACUGAAGAAUGUGUUGAGGAUGAAGAUAAAGUCACAAAGCCAGAGGAUCAGCUGAAACCAGAGACUAUAAAACCUCCAGAGAAGACAGAUGAGAGCUCUGUUUUAAAAAUGGACACAACUCCAGAAUUCAAACCUGUAAUCAAUGAAACUGUGAGUGCAGAAACCAGAGAACAAGAGAUUAAAACAAAGGAUUCAUCAGUAACAUCAGUGAAGAUGGAGCUGAAAACUGAUACCAGUGGCUUUGAUGUUAGGAACCAAAACGACACAGAGCUCACAGCUGUCAGAGAUCAACAUGAAGAAACUAAGGAACCUGAGAAAAGCAUUGAUCAAUCUACAGAUGUUGAAGGUCAAAAUGCUGACGUAGCAGUGGAACCUCCAAAGAAGGGAACAGAAGCCCUUACCACAGCUGAGGUGACUAUGGAGGAUAAAAAAGACCAGCAGAAGAUCCACACUGAAGAAGGUUUUGAAGAUGAAAAUAAAGUCACAGAGACAGAGGAUCAGCUGCAAACAGAUACUGUAACUAUAAAACCUCCAGAGAAGACAAAUGAGAGCUCUGUCUUAAAAAUGGAUACAGCUAAAGAAAUUAAACCUAUAAGGGCUGAAACUGAAAGUGUGAGUGCAGAAAUCAGAAAAGAGCCAGAGGAUCAGCUGAAGGCAUCAAGGAUCGAUACCAAAAGGGAUCUUGAAGCAUUUUUUUCCAAAAAUACAAAAUAUGAUGAGAAAGAGACCAUAUCUAAUAUUGUCAGAAAUAAAAUUGUCAACAGAGAAAUCCAUAAAAGUGAUAACGCCAUCACAGAAAACAAAAAAACAUGUGAAUCAUUAACAGAGAAUUUGGACACACAUGGAAGCUCACAAGAUACUUUGAAAGAGGACCUCCACAACUUCACUGAUCCAACAAAGCCAUCAAAGACAAAAUCCACUAACACUUUGUCAUCUGAGGCUACAGUGAAGCUGUCAGGUCUACCUCAGAGUAUGCAGGCUGAUAAGCAUUCUCCAUCGAGCUGGUUAGAUGUGGAACCUCAUAAAAAACACCGUCAGAAAAAGGAAAAGAAGAGAAGACUAGAUGCCUCAGCGAGCGAGGACGAAUCCCUCGAGCCUGAUGACUUUGAUAGUUUUAUCAGGAACAUCAAAGAAGGAGGGAUUCCUUUCUCACUACCUCUAAAAACACAGCUCUGUAAAAACCGAUCCCCACAUUUCACUAUGCCUGCCAUCAUGGAGGACCAUUUUGAGAGAACAUUUGAUCCAGAGGAAUUCCAGUUUGGCUUAAGGAUAAAUGACAAAUAUUAUAAAGAUCUUUCGCCAGCCAUGGUGAUAAAACAAAAUGCUGCCAACAGACAAAGGAGGGGCCUGAAAAAACAUUCACAAGACAAAGUAUCAAGAGAUGAAAUGGAAUUUGGAGAUGGGGUGGAGGGCAACGAUGCAAGUCAAAAUGGGGUAAAAGAAAUGGAAAAAGAAGGAGUAGAAAAGACGGAAAAAGACCCUGGGAAGCCCAAGUCUCGUUUAGGAAGGAUGUCUAUUCUCUCCAACUUACUGAGUUCCCCUCGGACUUGCAGGAAGGCCAAAGAGGAAAAUACCUCUGCCUUAUCCAAGCAAAAACAGGACCUCCCUUCACACGGGAUAAAGGAAGGCAUUCAGUCACCCGUGGCUCACACUGGAACAGGGAAGGCGGAUGAGCAAGAAAUUAAUCUAGUUGAUGAAUCGGAAGUUGAUCCAAAAGCCACUCCUCCUCUGCCCUCAUUCUCAGAAAUAAAGCUGCCUGAUCAUAUUGAGAAAUACCUUAAGAAGAACAAAAGAAUGCCUGAAGCCACCCAGGGUUCCACAAAUACCACUACUACUAAACAAAAUCUCCAAAGGAAUGCUGGUAUGGACCACAGUGUGACAACAGGAGAGCCAAACGGGCUGUCCACUACUAAAACUAAGAUACCGGAAAUAAGAGGUUUCCACAAAAGACCUGGAAAGAUUGUCAUCCAUGAACAUGCUGAUUUUGGAGGGGAGGCGUUUGCACACUACUGUGAUGUCGAGGAUGCUACCAUGAUGAAGCUGUCUCCGGUCAUCUCAGUCAGAGUGGUCAGAGGAUGCUGGCUUCUCUUUGAAAAACCUGGGUUCCAGGGGCGUACCAUUGCCCUUGAGGAGGGUCCUACAGAGCACAUAGUGAACAUGUGGACAGAGGAAGGAAUGCCGUCCAUGCUAAACCAUAUGGGUCAGAGUGUCCCAACAGCACCUAUGGUCAUAGGUUCUAUUCGACUUGCAGUUCAGGAUUACAGCACACCCCGUAUUAACUUGUAUUCAGAGGUGAAUGGGUUGGGAAGGAUGUCUUCAUACUGUGAUGAGGUGAUAGAGAUUGGAGCCUAUGCACUCCCACAGACCACCGGCUCCAUUAAAGUUCAUUCUGGGGUCUGGCUGCUGUUCAGUGACCCCGGCUUUGCAGGAUUCCUAGCAGUACUGGAGGUGGGGGAGUAUCCCUGCCCACAGGCCUGGGGUUUCGCUGAGCCCUUUGUCGGCUCUCUCAGACCACUGCGAAUGGGAACGAUUAGAGUGGAGCAUCCCAACGAUGUCAAGGCUUUAUUGUUUGAGAAGCCCAACUUUAAUGGCGAGUGCUUGGAGGUGCACAGUGAUGUGUACAACUUGACAGGACAAGAGGAAGAAAUGGAUAGAACAGAUGGGAAGAAGAAGAAGAAGAUGCUGACAUCUGUGGGGUCUCUCAAGAUACUUGGUGGCCUCUGGGUGGGCUAUGAUGAGCCGGACUUUGAGGGACAGCAGUUCGUCCUGGAGGAGGGGGAGUAUCCUCACUGCGGUGACUGGGGAGGACAAACCGACGGGCUUCUGUCACUUCGACCCAUACGCACAGAUUUCCAGUGCCCCCAUGUUAAACUCUUCAGUGAUCUGGACUUUGGAGAGCUGGGACUAAGCAUGGAUUUGGUGGGACCCAUCCCCAACAUGGAGGGUGUUGGCUAUGGUAUCAAAACCCAGUCCGUCAACGUCCUGGGUGGAGUCUGGUUGGCGUUUGAGAAACCUGUGUUUAGCGGCGAGCUCUACGUCUUGGAGAAAGGACUGUACGGAAGCCCAGAGGACUGGGGGGCCCACAACUUCCGGAUCUCAUCCAUACAGCCUGUCUUCUACGACUCGAUGACAGGAUCCAAAUUCAAGGUGCAGUUGUUUUCUGAGCCGGACUUUGAGGGGCAGCUGCUGGUUUUGGAGGACAGUACAGCAGCUUUGGGUGAUGACUUCAUGCUCAGAUCCUGCAAGGUCCUGGCUGGCAGCUGGGCAGCCUACGAGGGAGUCCAGUUUACAGAUAACAUGUAUGUGCUGGAGGAGGGCGAAUACCCCAACAUGGAGGCCAUGGGUUUCCUGUCCUCAGACUCUACUAUCCGCUCCAUGCAGACCACUGGACAUGAGUUGUCUUUGCCCUCCAUCGUCCUGUUCAGCAAGGUGGGCUGCAGAGGUCGCAGAAUGGUGCUGACAAAAGGAGCUGUCAGCCUGCAGCAGGCUGGCCUGGAUGCACAAAUACGCUCCCUUGUGGUGGAAGGAGGAAUGUGGGUGAUGUAUGAGGACAGUAACUACCGCGGCCGACAGCUGCUUCUGCAGCCCAGUGAAGUGGGUGAUUGGUGCGAGUUCAGCAGCUGGCAGCGAAUAGGCUCCCUGCGUCCGUUAUUCCAGAGGCAGAUGUACUUCUGUCUGCGGAGCACGGAGACGGGCAGCGUGAUGACACUGACUGGAACACUGGACGACAUCAAGCUGAUGAGGGUUCAGGCCCUGGAGGAGACGGGAGCAGUUGAGCAAAUCUGGCUGUAUCGGGACGGGCGGCUUACCUGCAAGCUGGUGGAGGACUGCUGUCUGGAGCCCACAGGAAGUGUGCUGAUGGCAGGCGGUCGGCUCUGUGUUUCCCCAGAGAGAGACAAGGACAACCAGCUGUGGGACAUCACCCCAGACGGCCUAGUGCGCUGCCACUUCAAACCGGAUCUGGUCCUGGAGGUCAAAGGUGGUCAUCAGUACGAUAAGAACCAGGUGAUCCUCAACACCUUUGACAAGAGAAAACUGAGCCAGAGAUGGACCGUAGAGAUUCUGUGAUGGGUGCAACCCUCUGGAGAAGCUCUGCUGUGGGGCUGAGCCCUGUCAUGCUGGACCGUUAUCGAGCCUGUUGUGAACAUUUCAUGGAUCAGAAACCGAAUGUUUGUCCAGACUUUGAGAAAGUGUCCUUUCACACAGCUCCUGUGGUCUCUUUUGUUCUGAGUGAGCUGCAGCCACUUUUCGCCUCUGCUCACAUACCAAAAGGUCCAUGCACCCGUGGCCAUGUUUUGAGUGGAUUUAGUGAGACUGCUCUCUGUCCGUGCUGCAGGCACGACUUUCCUUCAUGGUACUUUGUGUGUUCACUCAGAAUAAUAAAUGUGAAUACUUUGUGUAUCAUAGCAGCGAUAUGAUGCCUCUCAUGCUUUUAUAGACCAAAGAUGUUUUUACUGCACUUCAAAGCAAACUUGUUAAAUUUGCGUAUCUUUCUACAACUGUUGCAACACUAACUUUGUGCCUGAAUAGUAGUUGUACAUAAGGUUUGAGGUGUCUAGGUUUAAAUUUAGAUUCAUUUCAAAGCACAGUGAUAUUGACUGCUGUUCUAAAUAUGAUUAUGUUCAGGAGAAAGCUGUUACAUGUCAGAUUAAAAUGUGAUUGUU